AUGUUCUUUCAGCUCCGUGACGGAAACGGAAUACCGAUUCUCGGUUUCGGUACCUAUGAGCUGUAUGGUGUGGAUGCGUACAACGCCGUUACGUGUGCACUAGAAAUUGGAUAUCGCCAUAUCGACUCUGCCGAGUGGUAUGAAAACGAAAGAGAAUGCGGUCAAGCUAUUCUCGACUUCUGUCGCAAGGCGCAAGUGCCAAGAUCCAGUGUGUUCUUCACGACGAAGCUGAAGAUGAAUCGCGGAUAUGCCCAAACCAAGAAAGCUAUUAAACGGUCCCUAGACACUUGCGGAUUAGGGUACAUUGACCUCUAUCUGAUUCACGGCCCCCUUGGAGGUCCACAAGCGCGAAAGGACAGUUGGCGAGCGAUUUGUGACACCCAGAAGGAAGGUCAUCUGAAAAGCAUCGGCAUUAGUACCUUCGGGAUCCGGCAUAUCCAAGACCUUCUGGACGAAGAACUGCCAGUGCCGGCGGUCCAUCAGAUCGAUUUGCAUCCGUUUCAGGUGCGAAGUGAUAUUGUAAUGUUUUGCAAAAAGCAUAACAUUGCUCUCGAGGCUUGGGCACCUCUCGUUAGAGGUCUACGAUUCACACAUCCUGCGAUCAAAUCUUUAGCUAAGAAAUACCAAAAAGAACCUGCUCAGGUCCUGCUUCGCUAUUCAUUGCAGAAGGGCUACGUGCCUCUUCCAAAGUCUUCGUCGAAGACGCGCAUGUUAUCCAACACGGACAUAUUCGAUUUUAAUUUGGCUGAUGAUGAGAUUGGCGGUCUCGAUAGUCUCGAUGAAGGUCUUGCGACGGAUUGGGACCCAACCACCUGCCCGUAA